UAGUAAUAUCCGGUACAGGUAAAAUGCACACCUGUACAUAUGCAGCCACUCACCUGUGCAUUGAUUAGUUGACGAUAUUGGUAAACAGAUGGAUAUGCAAUUUGUGCGAGGAACAAACUUUUCAUCGGCGGUAAUUAAAUCCGCCAUGAAUGAGUUACCUGUGUCAUUCAUAACAUUGUUGUGAUCUCGCCAUUGUAGCCCAGGUGUGUGUACAUUAUAUACACUAAGCGGAUUGGGGCUAUGCUCGAUACGAGGUUUAUUGGAACAGUAGUGUAAGUCAUGCAAAUAACUCAAAACUAUUGUUUCAAAUUUGAAAGAAGAAAAAUUGAAAAGUGGAGUGGCAUGAUGAGACUUGUAUACCGUUACGUGAUUGCCGCCUGUGCUAUUCUAGCUCUCGUGGUGUUAAUUGUGUACAGACAGUAUAAUGGGAGAAGGAGCCCUAGUAGUGAGGUUAUCCGACUCCGUAACUGGGGACCAGGGGCCGUAUUCUACAACCCUUUUGGAAAUAAAUCUGCACUAGCCAGUCUGUCCGACUCCCGGAUGCACCCUCCUAACCCUCAGGAGGCGGGAGACCAGUGGAUGGUCGACCUACGUAAAAAGCACAAUAUCAACAUCUAUCUUAGUGAUUCUAUUCCUAUCAACAGGGCGAUACCUGACUCGAGACCCCCGGGGUGUAAGACACUGACAUUUCCAGCCAAACUGCCAACUCUGAGUGUGGUGAUUGCUUACCACAACGAAUGGCCUUCUCUCCUACUACGGACAGUCUACAGCAUCGUCAACCGGACACCGAAGUCCGUCCUGAAGGAAAUCAUCCUGGUGGACGAUGCCAGCGGGUCCGACGUCUACCAGAUGGAAGUGUACAAACAUAUUCGACAGAUCUUCGAUGAAAAACUCGUUCAGAUGGUGACUUUACCAAUUCGAUCGGGACUGAUUCGUGCACGAUUGGAGGGAUUCAAGCACGUGACAGGACAGACUGUUGCAUUCUUCGAUAGCCAUAUGGAGGUCAAUGUUGACUGGGCACAGCCACUCUUACAACAAAUAAUGGCGGACGAUAGGACAAUCGCCAUGGCACAGCUUGACUACGUGGAGAGAAACAGUUUAAAGUACACCUUUACCAAAGGCUACAGAACUCGAUACGGAUUCGACUGGCGUCUACAGUUCUUUGAGACAGAAUUUAGACAGGACCAAUUGACAGGCAAAUCCGACAUGGAUGUUCUUCCAGGCGUUGUCAUGGUCGGAGCUGCCUUUGUCGUGGAUGUGAAAUUUUUCUCAGAGAUCGGUACUUAUGACGAUGGAAUGAAGAUCUGGGGAGGUGAAAAUCUCGAGCUAUCCUGGAGGGUGUGGUUAUGCGGGGGUCGCCUGGUGCACGUGCCCUGCUCAAGGGUAGGUCAUAUUGAACGUGCUCAGCCGUACGACUUCCUCGCGGACAGAAGAAAAGUAGAACUUUAUAACUACAAACGGGCGAUUAGUGUGUGGAUGGACGAGUACUCUCGAUAUGUGUACGGAUUCUACCCGGAAAUGAAGAGUUUCUCCAUGGGAGACGUGGAUGAGAGAUUCAUGCUCAAAAGAAAGUUGCGAUGCCGACCGUUUGAUUGGUUCUUGACGAAUAUCUGGCCGGAAUUGUUCACAUAUGACGUUAAUGUGACGGCGUCGGGGGGUGUGGGUUUGGAGAACUACAAGCCACCGCGUUGCCUUGACAACAACAUGUACCUGUUUUCCGCUCCUGCCCCACUCCACGUCAGUUACUGUAACUAUCACCUGAUGCAACAGAAUUUCGCACUCACCACGACCAAACAACUUCGGACUAUACUACAGUGUGUGUAUGUGAAGAUGGACGGAAUGGACCACAUCCCUCGUCUAGCCAACUGUCUGGAUAUAAAGGAUCAGUGGGAACAUUCCAAGGAGGGGCACCUGGUGCAUUUGAAAACGAGACUGUGUAUAUCGCUACUUCGCAACACUCUCAUUAUGCGGGAAUGUACGACGGGUGAUCCGAGCCAGACAUGGACGUUCGCAAGUCAACGCAAGGAUGGCAGACAUGCUGCUGACUGGUGAAGUUAUCAUAUUCACGUGCUGACCAAAACUUCCACGUGGUUUAACUGUCAUCCGAAGGAAACUGUCGAGACGAAUCCAAAUAGUGUCAUUUUCCAAUAUAGUUUGGAUAAGGUUUAACAUGCAAUAGAGCUAUAAAUCGUGGGGAUAACCUCCCAUAUUUGUAUGUAUUAUAAAGAGUUAUGAAACCCAUGGCAGUGACAUAAAAGUUCGCCGGGACGAAGUCAAGGGAAACUAUUGCUAUACUCCCGGCGUCGUCGCCGACGUCGUCGGUGGACAGCUAGGUUAAAGUUCAUAUAAAAUAGUGUUGUGCCAAUACUGCAGAACUACUGAGGAUACAGCCUAGGUGUGUGGCAUGUGCAUUCCAUGCGGCAAGACUUUUCUUAUGGUACAUGCACUACUACAUUAGCUGACCUGCUGACCUUCACCGUGACCUUUGACCUACUUUUAGGAUUUUUUUAACCUUGCCCAGAGUAUGUUAACCGUAUGAGAUACAUGUACGUGUGUUCCUUGUGAGAAAAUCUUUCCAUUGGUACUACAUUUGCAGACCUGCUGACCUAGAUUGUGACCUUUGACCUUCUUUUAAGAACGCUCGGCGAACUAUGUUGUCUUCUGACAACUCUUGCUGUAAUGCUUGGAUACAACGUGCACACACAAUACGUAUCCAACGUUCAUUUGACGGAAUUAUAGUAACUUAAUAUACCCGUAAUCAUGUUAGAAUCAGGAUGAGGUAUGUUCUCACAUACAAAAGGAUUGUAUAAAUGGAAAGUAGAGAAUUUUGUACAUAUUUUAAACUGGUUCUUUUACACAUAUGUUUCCCAACAUGGAUACAUGGGAUGAAUAGCCAAUGAUUGAGUGCCUUUAACAUGUUAGAUAUCACCACUGGUAGAUGAUCAGUCACAAACAAACAAACAAACAUACAAGCA